AUGCUUGAUUGGGGAAUUGAUCAAGUCGACCAUCCAAACCAUGACCAUGAUCCUUAUAAACAACAACAACAACGAUGUAGAAAGGGACCAUGGACACCUGAAGAAGACAAGCUUCUCGCCGAGUAUAUAACUUCGAAUGGGGAAGGAAGAUGGAGCACUGUUGCUAAGUCUGCAGGGUUGAAUAGAAGUGGCAAGAGCUGUAGACUAAGGUGGGUGAACUACUUGAGACCAGGUCUUAAGAGAGGACAAAUCACUCCUCAAGAAGAAGGAAUCAUCCUUGAACUUCAUUCCCUUUGGGGUAACAAGUGGUCUACAAUUGCAAGAUAUUUACCAGGACGAACCGAUAACGAAAUCAAGAACUAUUGGAGAACCCACUACAAGAAAAAAGAUAAAUAUUUUUACAAGCAAGAAAAAGUCAAAAGAUCCAAGAAACAACUUGAGCUAAAACCACAACCACAACUGCAGAAUCAACCAUCUCAGCUUGUGCCUCACGACCACAAAAGUCUGGACAACGAGCAAAACAUAGCUACCUCUUUCUCUUACCCAACUAGUGUCUACAAUAACCAAUUUCAUAUGCCUCAAAAUGUUGCAUCAACCUCAAGUGACCACUCCAUGAUCGAUGAAGGUGACUUGUGGGGCAGCUUGUGGAGUCUAGAAGAAGAUGAUCCACACUGUUUUGGUGGUGGCUUAGAACAGAGAACAGAUGCUCAUAGUGCUGAGAAAUUUAACGGCGGAGGAAGUGAGGGUCCGACGUGUGGAUCAUGGGAUUAUAGUUAUAAUGAAUUUUACACUGGAGGCUAUAUUUUUUGAUUAGUAUGUAAGGAGAUAUAAAGACAGUUGUGUCUUCAUACGGUAUAACAGAAAAAAUGUAAGAUCGC